CUACGAAGUCCCGUUUUAGCUUAUUCACAAGCUCACCUUCUUGACUUUGCUUGGCAGCGACUGGCAUUACACCAUUGAUCAACCUAGUAUACUAUGAGAUGAACCGGAGCAAUGUUGACCACUCAGCAGAAUCCAUGUUUUCUGUGAAGACAGCCUCGAAUUCCACUUCCUGAACCCACUCAUGUACCCGUGUCUGCACCUGGCUAUAGGUCGUUGACAAUUCUCGCAAGGACAUGUUGAUUGUUUUACGAGCCCGCACUGAAUGUCAUCUAUUCAGAUCUUCCAGGGCUCCAGCCAUGAAUUGAGCGCUUGCCAAGUCCUUGUGGGUCCUCUUUGCAGUUACCAUUGUGUCAUCUCCUCUCCGCAAGUCUUGACCUUGUCUCGCUUUUCAGGGGCGCUCAACCGCCACAGCUCUAUUCAAAACGUCGUUCGAGACAAUAUGAAGGCCUUACGUACGCGUGAAGAAUCCCUUCAUGACCUUCAACGGUGCCGGUGGCGUACUGCAGCGUCCGUAGAGAGCAUCAAGAAAAAGCUCACCCGGAUGAAUCAGACUAAGGCGUUCAUGGACCAUUUCAUGCAAGGAUAUGCGAGAUUUGGAUGCAAAAUUGCGCACGAACAGUCGACGAUCGCGGCUUUUAAACGUAAAUGCACAAAAAACUGGCUGACACUUAAGUUUAGAGGUCUUGUAGAGUGCUGUGAAAAGGGCAUGGUAUACUCUGUACACCGUGUUAAUUAUGAAGAAAUGCUACGUGGGCGGUACUCGCCCAGUCCAAGUCCAUGGGUUCGAGUCAAAUGCUCAUAUUUGUCAUUUAUGUCAGCUGGAUAGUUUCAAAGAGUGAGCGUCGUCCCAGUGAUGAAAUUUUUUCGUGCUGGUCCAGCCACUGCAGAAAAUGCAAAAUAUAACAAGGUCCAGCCAGAGAACAUGCU